AUGGGCAACCAGGUGGAGAAACUGACCCACCUAAGUUACAAGGAAGUGCCCACCGCCGACCCGACGGGCGUGGAUCGGGACGAUGGGCCCCGCAUCGGGGUCUCCUACAUCUUCUCCAAUGACGACGAAGACAUGGAGCAGCAGCCGCCGCCCCAGGGAUCGGAUGGUGGGGGCGGGGGUUUGCCCGACGGAGGGGACGGGCCGUCGCUGCCCCUGCCGCAGCCCUAUGACCCGCGGCUGCACGAGGUGGAGUGCUCCGUGUUCUACCGCGAUGAAUGCAUCUACCAGAAAAGCUUCUCGCCGGGUUCCGCGGCGCUGAGCACCUACACGCCCGAGAACCUGCUCAACAAGUGCAGGCCUGGCGAUCUGGUGGAGUUCGUGUCGCAGGCGCAGUACCCACACUGGGCAGUCUACGUGGGCAACUUCCAGGUGGUGCAUUUGCACCGGCUAGAGGUGAGCAACAGCUUCUUGACGGACGCGAGCCAGGGCCGGCGCGGCCGCGUGGUGAACGAUUUGUACCGCUACAAACCGCUGAGCCCCAGCGCCGUGGUGCGCAACGCGCUAGCGCAUGUGGGCGCCAAGGAACGCGAGCUGAGCUGGCGCAACUCGGAGAGCUUCGCCGCCUGGUGCCGCUACGGCAAGCGCGAGUUCAAGAUCGGCGGCGAGCUGCGCAUCGGCAAGCAGCCCUACCGGCUGCAAAUCCAGCUCUCUGCGCAGCGCAGCCACACGCUUGAGUUCCAGAGCCUGGAGGACCUGAUCAUGGAGAAGCGGCGCAACGACCAGAUUGGGCGCACCGCGGUCCUGCAGGAGCUGGCCACGCACCUGCACCCCGUCGAGCCGGACGAGGGCGACAGCGACGCUGCGCGGACUACGCCGCCUCCCGGGCGCCCCCCCGCGCCCGGCCGGGAGGAGGAGGAGGACCGAGAAGCGGUGGUGCACUGA